GGUGCUCGCUGGUUUGGAAAGUCCUGCUGAAAUGUAAAGAGCUUUGCUGUUGCCCGGGAGCUCACAGUGUCCGUGGCGUCGGAGAGGACUGACUCAUCCGCUGUAAAUGGACGCGAUCCUGAACUACAGGCCGGAGGGCAGCGAGGACUACUACGCCUUACUGGGAUGCGACGAGCUCUCCUCGGUUGAGCAAAUCUUGGCAGAAUUUAAGGUGAGAGCUCUGGAAUGUCACCCUGACAAACAUCCUGAAAACUCCAAAGCUGUGGAGACGUUUCAGAAAUUGCAGAAAGCGAAGGAGAUUCUGAGCCAUGCAGAGAGUCGAGCCCGCUAUGACCACUGGCGGAGGAGCCGGAUGUCGAUGCCGUUCGAGCAGUGGGAAGCUUUGGCUGACUCAGUGAAAACUUCGAUGCAUUGGGCUGUCAGAAGUAAGAAGGACUUGAUGCUGGAAGGAAGUGGCCAGACUUUCACCAGCACAGUUCCAAACGAGGGACGGCGUGAGCAGAGAGAAACCAAGAGAGGGGACCCAGAUUCAACCCUGGAGGAAAUGAUGCAAAAGGAAUCCGAGUCCCCAGGGAAGGGCCUCUCCCCACAAAACCCGGUCUCUCCAGGUCUCUCAGACUUGAGCUGUGGCCACCUUCAUUUCCGCUGGUCUGGCGAUGUCCCCUCAGAACUCCUGAGGAAGUUCAGAAACUAUGAAAUCUGAAGUGCUGCUGCUCUGUGAUGGAGGGAGGGAGAGGCCUUCAUCUCGGCUGCCAAAGUGAAUCUUUAUUCAAAGCUUUAAAAUGUUGUGUUUGUGAGUUGCUCAGUACGGUCCCGUCCUCCAACCUCCAACCCAUUCUUUACAGUGUGUUUUGUGUUAUUUUGUGCUGGGGAUUGAACCCAGGACCUCCUGUACGCUCUGUAUCACUGAUCCUUAUGUCCUACAUGUUGUUUAAGUGAGAAAAAUUGUUGUAAAUUAUAGUUUAUUUCAAUGUUUGAGUCGACUAAGGCACUUAGAUACACUUGUUUCUAAGAGUGCACUUAGAUAUUACUUAGUUUGUAUUAUGUUUUUUCCUGUUAAUGUUAUUUGUAGAUAUUUGUUAAAAAUCAUUCCCCAAUGGUUUCCUGUGAUUCCUAGCCAUACCAAAAAAUGCCUUCUGUAUUUUGGUUUAAAACAAAAUGUAGACUUACUUGUCUGAAUUUCAUCGAGUGAAAUAAAUAAUCUCCCCAAAGCUCAUAUAUGCA